AUGGCCCGGCCCGGCCCGGCCGAUCCCGGGGCCGCCGUCGAGCGGCUCUGCCGGGACCUCAACCUGGACGCGGCGAGCGCGGCCGAGGCGCUGCGGGACUUCACGGCGCUGCGGGGCACCUACAGCCUGGAGGGAGAGCCGCUGCACUGGGUGGCCUGCGCGCUGUACGUGGCCUGCCGCCGGAGCCGGGUGCCCACGGUGGGGAGCGGCCCGAUGGAGGGCAACGGCGUGUCCCUGACCCGCAUCCUGCGCUCCGCGCGCCUCAG